AUGAAGAUCUUGUUUGUCUUUAGUAUCACCAUUGCAUGUGGUGUUUUUGGAAAUAUUAUUUCAAAUGCUAAUCCUCUACCGUACCAAGCCAUAUUUAACUUUGGCGACUCUACAAGUGACACAGGAAAUUCCGCAUUUGACCAUGUACAAAUGGAUAAAAAUAGUCCUUAUGGUUCAACGUACUUCAAACAUCCAUCAGGACGAUUGUGUAAUGGGAGACUCAUCAUAGAUUUCAUAGCUGAAGCAUACGGGUUACCAUUUUUACCGCCCUUUAGAAAUAUCACCCAAAGUCAAGAUGACAUAAAAAAGGGAGUUAAUUUUGCAUAUGCCGGUUCUACUGCACUUGAGUUCAAGUAUUUUGACCGUAGUGGAGUUAGACCACUAGCGACACAAAACUCAUUGAGUGUGCAGUUUGGUUGGUUUAAAAAGAUAAAACCAUCCUUAUGUAAAAGCAAAGAAGAGUGCGAUAGCUUCUUAAAACAAUCAUUGUUUCUAGUGGGAGAGAAUGGUGGGAAUGAUGUUUUUUCUCAUAUUUCUAAAACUGUUACAGAACUUCGUGAAAUAGUUCCUUUAAUCGUCGAAUCCAUUACAAAUACAACUUCAGCAUUAAUUGAAGAAGGAGCAGUAGAGCUAGCGGUUCCAGGAAACUUUCCAAUAGGCUGCAAUGCUGGAUUAUUGUCUGCGGUGAAUAGUAAGAAGAAAGAAGACUAUGAUGAAUUUGGAUGUUUGAUAUCUUACAACACUUUUACUGAAUACUUUAAUGAGCAAUUAAAAAGUUCUAUAGAGACAUUAAAACAAAUGCACCCUCAAGCUAAGAUAGUAUAUUUUGACUACUACAACGAUGCCAAACGAUUAUAUCAAGCACCAGAACAAUAUGGAUUUACUUAUGAUAAGGUUGAGUUUUUGAAAGCUUGUUGCGGAGGCGGUGGAACUUACAAUGUUAAUGAAAAGUUUUGUGGAACGCCCGGUACAACAGUUUGCUCUGAUCCAACAAAACAAAUAAAUUGGGAUGGAGCCCACUUUACUGAAGCAGCACAUAGGCCAAUAGCAAAAGGUUUAGUGGAAGGACCUUUUGCAAAUCCUUCUCUAAAACCCGCUCCUUUUAAGAUAGCAUAG